GGUAUCCAUACCCGCUGCUCCGUAUUCCUAAUUCCUACUCCCUCCAUUUCAAAUUAAUUAUAGAUUAUUUUAGCAAGGAAAAAUUCGGGCAUUUUUAACCGCCCCCACACCUAGUUUUCUGACUGUCCGAUUUUACUUUGUGAUCUGUGCGCCUUCCUGGCCAUCGCGUGGUCAUAGCGGCCGCUGGCGCAACUGCCAUUUUCGUUUUCGCUUUUGUUUUUCCGCUAUUUUUUCUCAUUCCCCUUCCGCUCAGAUGCGUCGCGGUCUUCCAGGAAGCGGAAAGAUGGCUCGGAAGAGGCCAAGGAUUUUUGCAGAUGCAUUUGUAAGUGAUGACUCAGGAGGAAGCGAUUACGAAGUUGAUGAACAUGAGAUACCUAAUGAUCACAUUGGUGGGGUUAGUUUUUCUGAAGAAGAAAAUGAUGAUGGUUCAAACUCCAGUGACUCUGAAGUCUUGAAAUCUGCUUUGUACCAAAAGUACAAGGAACAGUAUAAUAAAGUAAAAAAGAUCGAGAAGGAAAUGCUAAGAGCACUCAAUCAUGAGGAUAAAAGGGCUAAACCAGUUAUUGAGAAGAAGAAAGAUGCUUUUACGAGAUUCUCAGCUUCUUAUUUCUCCAAGGUCAUUGAUUCGCUUGAUGAGAACAAAAGAUCUAUCAUUGAGAAGCAUGGAUUCGGUUCCCUAAUUGAGUUUGACAAAUGUUUUGUCCCAAACAAAUUUGCUAUGUGGGUCGCUCAGCCGAUUGAUUAUAGAUCUGGGGAUAUCAUAGUUAAGGACAAAGUUAUCUCUCUGAUAGAGGAUGCUGUGCAUUAUGUCCUUGACCUACCCAUGGGCUGCAUCGAGUUCCCAAUCGAUUACUCUUCCGGAAAGUCUCGUCUACUAUCUCAGUUUAACCUUCAAUCACUGCCACCAGCAAAAUACUUUGGAGAUAUGCUGAUCGAUAAGAAGCCAGUAAUGGAUGAAGAAGCAGUCACCUGUUUCCUGAUUGUUGCUCUAAAUUGCUUUCCGUGCCCAAAUUGUUCAGUAACUCCAUCAAACCGAUACCUUGGUAUUUUUGAAGAUAUCAAUAAUGUACGCAAGUACAACUGGUGUAGUUUUGUCAGGUCAUGGCUUCUUGAGCGUAUUAAAUCAUUCAACAAGACUAAAUUUUCUGCUGAUGACCCUCCGUCGUUAGGGGGUUGCUUGUAUCUUAUUGCUGUAAUGUACCUUGAUUUUGUUAAUUGCAAUGCCCGUCAACCCUCAUUACAAAUCCCUCGGAUUUUGGUUUGGAAAGGAACUAUGCUAAGGGAUUUCUCAGAUCUUGAUCUUGUCUCAACUGGUGUGUACGGAUUCAGACCAUUAUUAGAAAUUUCAGCUACUUGCUAUUCUAAGCAAUCAAUAUUUCUGCACACUUCAGCCUCUUCUGCAUCCAUGAAUUCUGAGUUCAAGAACAAACUUGAUGAGUACUCGCAAUGCAAGCUUCCCGAAAAGCUUAAGACGGGCAUUUGCAAAGCGAUCGAAGAGCAUUGUUUCAACUCAUCUCUAUCUGUCAACAUGGAUAUAACUUCACUUGCAAGUCUUUCUAGUGAUUUGGAACAAACAUUUUCCACUUUGCUUGAGCAUGUCUACUCUGUUGAUUCUAGGAGCAUGAUGUUGGUAUUGAAAGUUAUCGGUUUGAUUGCUGAAAACGGUCCAGCUGUGUCAGAAGCCAGUCACCAAACAUCUGAGCAAAACACUACACCUGAAUCUGAUGUUAGAAAUUACUCUACCCCCCACAUGCGAGGAGCUCAAACAGUUUGAACAAUAAUGAUAUUUGUCAGAGUCCUGCCACCAUGGUACCAGAUGGUUCAAUUAAUCGCCAAUGCACUAAAUCUAGACAAGUCAAAUUUAGUAGCUCUAAUCCCACACCUACAAGGAUGGUAGUACAAGAUAACAGUCAUGACAUGAACAAUAUAUAUAGCCAAGGUUUAGUAGUCCCCCCUGAUGUGCAAACUUCCAAGUUUUGAGUCUGCAAUGGCUCACGAGGCAUCAAGAGUUGAACAGCAGUUUGGGAUGCAUAGGUUUCAGGUUUCAGGUUUCAGAAACACCAACAGGCCCUAUGGGUUCUACUUCUAAAUUCAUCAUACCCUCAUCAGGGUAUCCCCCCAACAUACUUCCGAGAAUUGUGCUGGGCAAACAUAAGUCAAGGUCCAAUCUGAUUAAGGGGUUUAAAUCUCAGACUGACGUAGACAAACUAAGGGAACCAGAUUGUGAAAUAAUCGAUGAUUGUGAUAGCCCUAAAAAGUCCAACAAGAAAACUGUUACAUUUGCUGGUUUGAAUGACCAGAAUGAUGUCACCAGUUUAGAGGAUGAUAAUGAAUAUGUUCCAGAUUCUAUAUCCCCAUCACAAGCACCGUCUCAAGGACAGCACCACGUUCUUCCAAGUACUGUUAUCUACACCCAGGACUACAACAAAAGGCUUACACCAGAACUUGGAAAACCUUUGAAGGCUCCUGCUGCAAAGUGUAUUCGCAUGCAAGAUAAGCAAGCUGGACCUAGACACCAUAUAGAGUGCAUUGUACAUUUAAAUCUUUUGGAGAUUCCAUGAAGCCUGGAGGUGUUGUCAGUAACUUUGUAAUAUCUGUGUUCAUCCGCCAUCUAAACAAGAAACCAAAUGGACAUCCAGAUAUCUCCAAAAGAGAACCUGCUAGCAGAUCCAGAUGAAGCAAGCGAGUACACUUUGUCUCGUGCUUUCAGAGGAUCCAAGAAAGCGCGCCCCUAUACAAAUGUGAUAUGUUAUUCUAUCCCAUCCUAUUCGAGAGACACUGGUUUGUCUUUGUCGUUGACAUAAAAGACAAACUCUGAGUCUUUCUGGACUCAUACUACGCGAAAGGUGAUGAGUAUCAACGUCAUGUGAGAGAACGUCUAAUCCCAUACUUUCAAGUGAAUUGGGACAGAUACAUGGUAUAUGGACCUGACGAAGAUCCUGUCAAUAUGAAUUUUGAUGAAUUUGAAGCAGUCUACCCAACAGUGCCAUAUCAAGGCUAUGAUAAUUUGGUUGACUGUGGCAUAUUCACCAUGAUGUUCUUGGAGUACUGGGCAUCCCCAAGAACUCUGAUGACUAAUAUAUUUGACAUUGAAGAUAUCCAUAGAAUUAGAAUCAAGAUUGCAAAUGAGAUGAUGUUCCAGCCAACAACAAUGGUGUCAAGCGGAUAGUUACAUCUUACAGAGAAGAGGAUGAUGACAACUAGUAUUUAAAGCAUUAGGAACUGCAAGAAAAGGAUAGCACUCGCAGGAUGAUGACAACUAGUAUUUAAAGCAUUAGGAACUGCAAGAAAAGGAUAGCACUCGCAUAGAAAAGAGGAUGAAUGACAACUAGCGCUCAAAUCUGCUGGAAAUAAAAGGGAAAGAUGGCAGACCAUGUUGAAGCUGUUUUCAUGUUGUUUUUCAAUAGCAUGUCUAGAUAUAUAGGAACAAAAUAAAGUCGUAGUAUCUCAGAGACAUGAUCCAGAAUUACAUGUAAUAGGAUAGAAAAAAACACGUGCAAACACCCUUUUUUGCUGUCAUAAUGUUUUGAUAGAUAAGUACUCCACUACUUUUGUUAAAGUUGAAAGCAUCUACUAAUUUUCCUAUGGAGUUUCCUGCACUUUUUCUCCUCUGUUGUGCUGAUUAUGCACUAAAACACACCGUCUUUAUUGA